UUUUUUUUCUUUUUUUUUCUUGUAUUCAUACUUUUUUUCCUUUCUUUUCUCUUUUUAUACAUCAUGUCUUUACGUUGGGGUAUUUUAGGUACUGGUAACAUUGCCAAGACAUUUGCAACAGCUUUACAAGUAUCAAAGAAGGGAUCCCUGGUAGCAGUAGGUAGUCGAUCCGAUGCUUCGGCGGUAGCGUUUGGACAACAGUAUGGACUCGAUGCAUCACAGUGUCAUGGCUCUUAUGAAGCAGUAUUACAAGAUCCUAAUGUCGACAUUGUUUAUAUUUGUUCCCCUCAUCCUUGUCAUCAUGCUAUGGCGUUACAAGCAGCUCAAGCCAAGAAACAUAUGCUGGUGGAAAAACCCUUGGCCAUGACCGAACAACAAGUACAGGAAAUCAUUCAAGCUUGUCGUGAUCAUCAUGUAUUUUUGAUGGAAGCCUAUAUGUAUCGUUGUCAUCCUCAAACUAGACAAUUGGUCGAUUUGAUACGUGCUGGUGAUAAGAUUGGUCAAGUUAAAUUGAUCCGUGCCAAUUUUUCUUUUGAUGGUCGUCCCUUGGGUCCUUCCUCUCGUUUAUGGAGAAAUGAAUUGGGUGGUGGUGCCAUUAUGGAUAUUGGAGGAUAUCCCAUGUCUUUUGCCAGAUUGAUCGCAGGUGUAGCUCAACAAAAAGAAUUUGCUAACCCCACUAAAGUGAAAGGAACUGGAUAUAUUCAACCUGAUACACAAGUUGAUGAAUGGGCCAUUGCAUCUUUGGAAUUCGAACAUGGUAUAACGGCUCAAUUGUUCACAGGUGUGUUUGCGGAUAGUGAUUGUUAUGUGGAAGUCAUCGGUAGUGAAGGUUCCUUCAAAGUCCCUAAUCUGUGGCGUCCUGAUCUUGGUCCUGUGCAAAUCGAAUACAAGUCUCAUUCUAAUCCCACGGUGGAAAUCAUUAACAUCCCUUUGGAAGAAACCAAUUUGUUUGCAAUGGAAGCUGACGCCGUUGCUGAUGCUCUUCUUGGAAAUCAGCUUGAAUGCAAGUACAUGACUUUGGAUGAUACUUUGGGUCAAGUACGUGCUAUGGAUCAAUGGAGAAAGGAAAUCGGUUUGUGUUAUCAAGAAGAUCAAGUUUAGUCAAUCCAGAAUCAUUGAAAGCUCAUUGUAGUUUAGUUCAGUCUUUUGUAUAUUGUUUUAUUCUUUUUUUUUUAUGAAAUAAAUUCAUCAUUAUCCCCCCAUCACCUUUCAAUUCAUUCAUCAUCAUACCAAAUAUCGUUCCUACAAUCAAACAAAGUCAUACAUCAUUCCAUCCUUCCUCCAUUCGAUCAUUCAAC